AUGUCCAUGGGAGAUGGCGUGCCCGGCCUGUUCUAUCUGCAGAAGAUGUAUUGGGCCGUUAUAGGCAGUGCCAUCGCUGCUGGGACGGUCAUUAAUGUCCUGAACCGGUUUCUCGCCCGCCAAAGGCUCCGGGACUCGUCCUUGACCCCUUCCAAGCCUAAAUCCAUCUUCUUUGGCACAUAUGCCACCUUAACAGCGGUGGUCCGCGAAGCCAGCUACGCGACUCUUCCCCCGUUGUCUAUCCGCGGCCACACCUAUCACUUUGCGCCGCUGGGUCCGCUGGCUAUCAUCCUGGCCAACCUGAUCGUCGUGCUUGUCUUCUGCUUCUAUGAGCUGGAUACGGCCGACCAGUGGAAAUGGGAAGAUAUAGGCUACCGCACCGGAUUCAUCGCCAUUUGUCAGCUGCCGUUGAUCUUCCUGCUGGCGGGGAGACAGAACCUCAUUGGCAUUCUCGUGGGUAUGAGCUAUGAGCGUCUGAACUGGUACCAUCGGUGGAUUGCCCGGACGCUGUGGUUGACUGCGACAAUCCACAUGUGCUUCUGGUUCCGUGACUGGGGUCGCUACGACUACAUCCUGUACGAGCUAAAGCACUAUACUCUGGCGACGAGAGGGUUUGCCGCAUGGUGUAUCUUGACCUUCAUUGUGAUUACCUCCGCCGCGCCAAUCCGACGGUUUGGGUACGAGUUUUUCGUUCUGCAGCAUUUGGUAACGUUUGUUGGAUUUAUUGCGGCCGUGUGGCUCCAUGCUCCGGCUGAAGUCAAGGUGUGGGUGUGGAUUCCAAUCGGAUUUCUCGUCUUUGACCGGGUGGCGCGCUACCUGUGCGCCACCUAUGCGAACCUGUCUAUCUUCCACCGUUCGAAGAACCCCACGCACGCUCUCUGGGCCAACCGUGCAACGUUCACUCCGUUGCCAGGCAAUGUGACCCGGAUAGCCAUUGAGAAUCCUGGGGUCCGGUGGAAGCCCGGUCAGCACGUCUUUCUCACAUGCCAUUCGAUUGUGCCCCUGCAGAGCCACCCUUUCACCAUCUCAUCUAUCCCAGAAGACAACAGCCUGGUGAUGUACGUGCGUGCGGAGAAAGGCGGCACCAGGCGCUUCUUCCGAUACGCGUCGAAGCACCACCAAGUGCUGGGGGGCAAUGAUACGGCUCCUGCGAAACCAGCACGGACGGUCUUUGUCGAGGGACCUUACGGAUGCAUGAGACCUCUCCAGCAGUUUGACAGCGUGAUCCUACUGGCCGGCGGCAUGGGAGCGACAUUUACCGUGCCCUGUCUGCGGGAUAUCGUUGCGAGAUGGAGAACCGAGAACACGCAAGGACAAUCAUCGAAGCUCACUCGGCUGGCAGCCACCAAGCGAAUCCGGUUCGUCUGGGUGAUCAAGUCGCGCACACAGCUGAGCUGGUUUGAAAACCAACUGCAGUCGGUCCUGACUGAUGUACAAGAGUGCCAGCUCGCCAACCCUGACAUCAUCCGAGAAAUCGAGAUGAGCAUUUACAUCACUUGUGACGAGAAGCUGGAGCCGGCGCAGAGCACCCUGUGCGCACAGGCAUCACAGUUCCCGCCGCAGCCAGCAACACUACCGGAGGAGAAGCCUGUCGAGAAAGUCUCCGAGAAAGCCACGACGGAAGAGAAAGACAACACCUCCGUGAACUCCAGUGGACAGUCGGGGUGUCGACCGAACGGAGGAUGCUGCUGCACCGCGUCCAUCGAGGACGAAGAAGACAUCACCGAGACCAAAUGCACCUGCUCGGGACAUGCUGCGCCACAGUCAACAGACAUCAAACCGGCUCCUGAACUGGAUACCAAACCGGCCCUACCCAUAUCCCGACCCCACGACUUAAUGAUCCUCUCGGGCCGGCCCCAUGCCCGGACAAUCAUCCGCAAGGUGCUCGAAAAGGCAGAAGGCGAGAGCGCGGUGGUAGUCUGCGGACCUCGGGGACUGUCAGAUGAUGUGCGGCGCAGUGUAGUAUCUCUGAGCGACGAGCGAGCGGUACAUAAGGGAACCGGAGCGCAGGGGAUAUAUUUGCAUGUUGAGCAAUUCGGAUGGUGA